AAUGUGAAAAAAUAAAUUGCGUGUGUUUUGGAUUCGCUUGCAGUCGGUUAGUUUUUCGGAAUUUUACCGUAAAAAAGUGAUCCAAUCUUCGCCGAAAAUUGCUGCAAACUGUGCACCGAUGGCUCUGGAACCGUUUGCGUGUUUUAUGGACGUGGAACAUUCCCGUUCGUACAUCGACGAGCUCUAUUCGGAGGACAACUACAAGUGCCAGGAGGCGAUCGUGUGCUUGAAGAAUGCGGUCAUCGGGUCGAACAAGAAGAAAGGCUCCGUUAUUUCACAGGGCAUCGUGCCCCGUUUGAUCUCCCUCCUCCGGGACGACACGAAGGAUCCGAACCUGCGCCUGGAUGCAGCCAUCGUCAUCGGAUCGCUUGCCAAAGGAACAGAAUCUCAGGUGCACUCGUUGAUCUACUGCGAGACGGUACAGGUGCUGCUGGGAAUUGUGCUCAGUCCGGGUACCGACAGACGCCUCAUGGAAACCUGCCUCGGAGCACUAAAAACCAUUCUGCAGUAUCCGUUUGCACCUAUUGAACUAUUGCACUGUAACAUAGGCAAUCUGGUGCGAUUGAUACAGCUGGCUUCGCGUAGCUCCAUCCAGUGUCAGGUGUACGUGGCCAACAUCUUCGUUCCCCUUUGCCACUCAUCCCACCAGCAGAAGAAUCUCUGUCAGGCCAACGUAAUUCCGUUCCUCGUCAGACUGAUGAUCAGUCAUCUCACGAUCCUACAAGUACCUGCUCUCAAGUGUCUCGCUGCUAUGUGUUUCACCAACAAGUACGUAUCGGACAACGUAUGUAUGACCUGUCACGAGGAACGAUCUAUUCUGGAUAUUCUCACCGAGCUUCUUUCGCGAACCCGCGACGUCCAGAUUCAACUCUCAGCAAGUCGCUGUCUAACUUAUCUACACCGAUCCGGAUCGCUGCGGGCAGAUGACUACAGGAUCGUGUACAAAACCCUUCCCAGUUUAGCAAGGCUCUGCUCGGAGGACUUCGAUGAGGAGACCCGUGCAACGGCCGCCGAAACUCUGGCUUAUUUGGCCGAAAUUGAUUCCGAAUUGCAGCGGCUAGCCGCUAUCAGCAAUCAUCUGAUCUGCUCGUUGGCUAACUUGAUCCGGUGUCCUUCACCGCUGUCACGACAGGGAGCAUUCCGAUGCUUCGCCUCGCUGGCUGCCAACGAUGAGGACAUCCGCAAACGGAUUAUAGAAAUGGACGGGCUCAUGGAGGAGGUGCUGAAUGGAUUGAAAGACACGUGUCCGGAGGUACGACUGUCUGCCGUCCGAUGUCUGCAUUCGCUGUCGAGGUCAGUUCAACUGCUAAGAACAACGUUCCAGGAUCACUCAGUGUGGCGCCCGUUGAUGGAUCUGUUGGUAGGUGAACCAUCUCUAGAACUUCUCACCGUGGUUACAUCGACGAUAUGCAACCUGCUACUGGAGUUUUCCCCUGCCAAAGAACCAAUGCUCGAUUCCGGAGCAGUGGAAAUGUUGUGUGAGUUGACGAAGCACAGCGAUCCAGCGUUACGACUGAACGGGAGUUGGGCGUUGAUGAACAUGGCUUUCCAGGCUGAACAAAAAGUUAAAUCCAAAAUCAUCGACACGCUGGGAACGGAUCGAAUAUUCCAGCUGCUAAGCGAUUCGGACGAACGGGUCAUCAUGAAAACCCUGGGACUUCUAAGGAAUCUCCUUAGCAAUACGUUGCACAUUGAGAUUAUAAUGUCGGAACAUUCGUCGGAAGUGCUGCGAGCGGUGAAUUUGGUUCUGGAUGGUCCCCAUCCGGCGGAAGUGAAGGAACAGGCUUUAAUUAUUAUAAGCAACAUUACGGCUGGUGCGCGUGAUAAGGACUACGUAAUGGAAGAUGAAAACAUCAUCAAAAAGAUAAGAGAGUUUUUGGUCGUAUCCGACAACAAGCUCCAAAUGGGUGCCGUAUUUGUGGUGAGAAACCUGAUGGAGAAAGGCGGCCGACAGAAGAUGCUUCGUGAGUCGGGCAUCCUUGAGAACCUAGAGCAGUUACUACACAUGACACCCCGAGAAUCGCAGUUCUACGAAGACAUACGGCAGGAGAUUCUAAGGUUCGACUUCUCGGACGACCACUGAAAGAUCACAGCCCUGGCGAUCGCAAAUGGGGGCACAGAUGGGCCCUAUACCUGCCUACCUGGUGGAGUCUGUUUGGGAGCAGUGAUUAUUUCGAUGGGAAUUAUUCCUAUGCUCCCCCCUUCCCUAUAAAGUGUUUUAUGAUUGUUGACCAACAGUUACGAAUUGUUUUGUUUAUGCUUGUGUGUGUGCAUGUGCGUGUUUGUUGUGUGUAGGUGCGCUGGUGAGUGUGUGACAAGUGCGAAAGGUGAUAUCGUAUAAUUUUGACCAUUUUGUUGCUGCACUACACCGCGUACGUUUACAUUUUUAUAAAUCCGUAUGACAAUUGUUUAGUUUUCCUAAUUUUGCUUGCUAAUUCUACCUCUUUACAAACUCGUGGUAAUUAUAUAAGAAGAGAAGUAGUAGACGUGGUUGACUUCAUUCGACCAUUGAGUGCGUUCUGAGUGAACAUAAUUUACAGUAACAAGGAAGGAACAAUAGUGAGUUUGGAUUCCUAUAAGUGGCUCAAUAAACCAUGCAUCUAAA